GGAGGAAAUGAGCUGAGCAAAAACUUUUGACACAUCAGAGCAGCUCAUUUAUCUGACAUGUGCUACGUACAGGUUUCCUGUGUAUACAAAACCAGAUAACCAAAUAAAACCUUUAAUUCAAGAAGAAAUUAAAUAGAUAAAUUAUGGGAGCAUCUUCUUCUGGCUUGCUGGAUGAGGCAAAAAUCAGCAACAUCAAAGGGCUUGUGGACAGUACGUUCCAGAGCUUUAGUGUGUUUUACCGACAGCAGUAUUCUGCAGCCUACACCGGACAUUUGCACCAGGAGGUGGAGCCUAAGAAAGAGGGGAGGAGCCUACUGCUCGCACAUGGGCCUCAGUAUGCUCCAGAGGAAGUGCUAUACCAAGGGAGUGUGACGUUCUCCUGCUGGUAUGAGCAGGGGAAGAAAUGCAAAGAGAGAUUCAUCGUACUGAGACGAGAAUACAAAGUGGAAAUACAUGAAAACGCAGAGACCUUCAGUCGUGGAUGUGCAGCGAAGUUGGUCCUCCAGCCAGCAGGGGGCACUGUGUUCACAAAAGAGGAGGAGUCCAAAGCUCACCUGGAGCGAACCUGUGCUGGAAUACUCAAUGGAGUGAAGGAGGAUUCUUCUUUGGUGGUAUCCUCUCCAGAUGUGCUGGCAGUGUAUCUGCACCUGCCUUAUAUGGGCCACACUUGCUUCCUGUUCCAACAGGAAGAAGAACGUGAUAACUUCCUUUCUGCCAUCAAGACCUGCAUUAGACACGGCAACCUUGACCCCUGGUGUGACUCAUCCUACGAGAGCCAGGCCUUCGUCCGAGCCCUCCGACUCUACCGACAGGACAAAGGAAGCUAUGAAUCCUGGGAAAUGCUGCUCGGCACAGAGGAACAAGUGCUGGCCUCACAGGUGAUGGAGGAAGUGUUGUCAUGGCUACAGAGUCAGCUUCAGUCCAGAGUGAAGGGCAAGAAGGCUGAGAGGAUUCGACAGUGGUUGGCAACAGUGCAGGCUAGCCACUCUCUGGUGCUGGAGCAACUCUCCGUCAGUCUGGAGGCUCUGAGGGCCGAGUGUCGCCAGACAGCGUCAGCCAAUCAGGCGCUGAUCAGAUCUAACCUGGACCAGAUCAUGUCCUCCCACUGCUUCCUGGAGGAGAAAGUCAAAGCGUGUAUAUGUGCAGAAGCAGAGAAAGUGUGUGGUGAGUGUGUGUCGCCCUACAUUUCCUCCAUCCUUAAAGCGCUCACUGAACACAUCAGUGCAGGGAUUCAGGGGAUGCAACACACACUGCACACACAGAUGGACUCAGCCUUCAAACACACUAAUGGAGGAACAGAGGAGACCAAGAAGGACUUGUCUCCGCUGCACUCCAUCAGACUGGACCAGAGCUACCGGCAGGUGGAGAGCCUGACGGAGAAGCUGGAGGAUGUGAAGCAGCGCUUCGGCCUGAGCAGCACCCAGAGGCUGGUCCACUGUGCCCACCUGCAGAUGGAGAAGCUGUUGGACAGUGCUGUGUACACGUUAGAUCUCUUCCUGCUUUCUUCAGCCCGACUGCAGCCUUCUCUGAUCCCUGUCACGAUGCAGCGAGCUAAAGAAAGAGUCCUGAAGCAGCUGGACUAUGACAGCAGAGUGGUUCAGAGGAGGCUGUAUCAGGACGCUGUGCUGCAGAUCACUCUGCCCGCUCUCAGCAGGAACAUGGACAGCAAGUGGAAAAGAGAGCUGCAGCAGUUCGAGCAGUUCAUCUUCUCCGACUACAGCAACUUCAUCCUGGUGCAGAACGUCUACGAUGAUGUGCUGAGAAACAUCCUCAGUAAGGAGAUAGAGACAGCCGUGCAGGAAGCAGCCGGUAAGAGGAGCCAGCUGUUGUUGGACACUUCAGAUCUGACCAUCAGUCAGUACAGUCUGCUGGGGCCAACCCCCCCUCGCUCCGCACCAGGCAGCCCGGCCACAGCCACCCGAGACCCCCCCUCAGCAGCACCCAGUGCAGGGGGGGAGGGUGGGGAGACGGUCCCAGCAGAGGUUCCCCCUCAGAGUGACCCGGAUCCUUCCUCUGGACCUCAGUCCACUGGGGAGGCCCGGGGAGGAAACCAGCCUGACCCUGACGCACCUUCAGAGACAGCAGGGUCUGCCCCCACCACACCUGAUGUAGCCGUCAGACAGGAAGUUGGAUCUGCUGCAACUGCAGGUCCCGGUGACCCCACCCCAGAGUGUCCUGAUCCCCCAAUUUCCACCCUGUCCACAGAUGUUCCAGCUGAAUGUGCUCAAUCUGCAGCAUCUGGAAACCCUCCUCCACCUGACCUCUCAACUGCGGAUGGAGAAACAGAAGACCCGCCCACACAGGAAGUUGUUGCAUCUGAUGCAGCUGCAGAUUCCUGGGACCCCACCCCAGACUGUCCAGACCCCCCAAUGUCCACUCUGUCCUCAGAUGGUCCAGCUGCUCAAAGGGAUCAAUCUGCAGCGCCUGAAAGUUCUCCUCCACCUGACCUCUCAACCUCAGGUGGAGAAACAGAAGACCCCCCCGCCCAGGAAGUUGGGUCACCUGAUGUACCUGCAGAUCCCAGUGACCCCACCCUAGACGGUCCCGACCCCCCAAUGUCCACUCUGUCCUUGCUGCAGUCCACAGAUGUUCCAGCUCAUCAAUCUGCAGCGCCUGAAAGUUCUCCUCCACCUGACCUCUCAACCUCAGGUGGAGAAACAGAGGCCCCCCCCGCCCAGGAUCCCCACCCUCCAUCUGCACCUUGUUUAGAUUGUCCAAUGAAAAUCAGCCUUGGGUCACUGAGGGAGGCGAUUAGUUGCAGCUCUACCCCACAGACGCUCUCUCACACCGACAGAGCUGUGUACCUGACGGGAGGAAGGAAGGACAGCUGGGAGGAGGAGUGGGGGAGAGGGAGAGGGAGGAGAGGAGAGGGGGAGAGAGGGAGGAGAGGAAGAGAGGGAGGAGAGGAGAGGAUCCAGGACGGGAAAGAAGAGAGUGAGGCAGGAGGUGGGGAAGAAGAGGAGAAGGAGGAGGGAAGAGCUGAAGGUGAAGCCAAAUCAGGAGGUGAGUCUGUGGAUGAAGGAGAGAAAGAAAACGAGGAGGAGGAGGUUCUUCAAAGCCCUCAGCCAAUGGGAGCACAGCGUGAGAGUGUUGCCGAGCUGCCAUUGGACAGCGUGGUGAUCAUCAGAGACCUUGUUACUGAGAUCACUGAGGUGGAGACGGUCAUCAGCCCCAGUCCCAACAGCGGCCAUACAGCCUGACACCGUAACCAUGACGACUGACUGUUGGAGCUCCCUUAUUAAAUGGUAUAGAGGUUAAUAAAGUGAAUAAAUGCACAAAGGAGAUUAUUACCCAUAUUAUUAGUGUUACAUACACAUUUAUACUACAUUUUUAAGAAGACACAUACUUCAGUAAACUUUUUUAAUAAUGAUUCAACUUAUUUAGACUAUUUCGCUGUUUACAUUUGUGAUGUUCUGCUAUCAUUGAACGGAUUACUCAAUAAAGAUAUCAAACUUGUCAACAAUCUGGUUUUGAAGCUGCACUUACUGAUUAGUUUGCUGUUUUGCUGACACGGACCUAUUAUGUACAACAUAAUGUACACAGGGGGGGGGGCUCAACCAGAAGGGGUUUAUAUGGCAGUAAUGACCUGCUCGUUGUACCUUAUAAAGCAUAACUCGGCUACUUGAUGUUUGAUUCAAAAACUGAUUUAGAACAAAUGGAUUUCAGUGUUCCUGCUAGUUGUGUUUAGAGAUCACAACUGUGUCCAUAGUAACAGUCUGUUAAUCAUAGCAGUGACCUACUAUAAAUCGACCAAUCAGAAUGAACUAUCCAACACAGCUGUGUAAAAAGGCAUCACAGUAACGUUAUAGAGAAAUGUUUUUACUAACAGUUUGGUUGGUGUCAGUCAGAACAAAGGGUUAAGCCAGGGAAGAAGAAGAAGGUUAUCUGGUACACAUUGGGGAUAAUAAUAAUAUGUUAGCUUUGUAGAGCAUAUUUCAGG